GUUGGAGUAUAAAGGCUGACACACCUGAUUUUGAGACACAGAGUCUCUAAUGUCUCUCUGAAGAAAAUAAGGGGAGAAGUACAAGGGGGGAAAUAGUCAGUUUUUGGAAAAGAAUGGGGUUAGGAGCAGGGAAUGAUAGGUACAGGUUGGCGUCAACAUCUGACGAUGAGGGAAAAAGAAAGAAAGGAGGAAAGAGAGAUAAAAAAGACCUGGAAGAACUGAAGAAAGAAGUGGACUUGGAUGAUCAUAAGUUGACCUUGGAGGAACUUCAGCGUAAAUAUGGCACUGAUCUCAGUCGAGGUUUGUCCAAUUACCGUGCAAAGGAGAUCCUUGAACGUGAUGGACCCAAUGCUCUGACACCUCCUCCUACAACCCCAGAAUGGGUCAAGUUCUGCAAACAGCUAUUUGGUGGCUUUUGUACACUGCUGUGGAUUGGAGCUUUCCUUUGCUUUUUGGCUUAUACGAUACAGGUUUCCACAGAGAGUGAGCCUGUAAAUGAUAAUCUGUACCUGGGUAUUGUACUUGCAGCAGUGGUGAUGGUCACAGGUUGUUUCUCAUAUUAUCAAGAGGCUAAGAGCUCAAAGAUUAUGGAAUCCUUCAAGAAACUUGUUCCACAGCAAGCUCUGAUUAUUCGUGAUGGUGAGAAGAGGAGCAUUAAUGCGGAGGAUGUGGUUGUUGGUGACCUUGUGGAAAUAAAGGGUGGUGAUCGAAUUCCUGCUGAUCUCCGAAUUAUUUCUGCACAGGGAUGCAAGGUGGACAAUUCCUCCCUUACUGGUGAAUCUGAGCCUCAAAGCCGUACCCCUCAGUUUUCUAAUGAAAAUCCUUUAGAGACAAAGAAUAUUGCAUUCCUGUCUACAAAUUGUGUUGAAGGCUCUGCCACAGGCAUUGUGAUCAACACAGGUGAUCGCACUGUGAUGGGUAGAAUUGCUAUCCUGGCUUCAAGCCUUGAAGUUGGACAGACACCAAUCGCCAUAGAGAUUGAACACUUCAUCCACAUCAUCACUGGUGUAGCAUUUUUCCUGGGUGGCACAUUCUGCAUCUUGUCCCUGAUUCUUGGAUAUGGCUGGUUGGAAGCUGUCAUCUUCCUCAUAGGGCUCAUUGUUGCUAACGUGCCUGAAGGUUUACUUGCCACAGUAACGGUGUGUCUGACUUUAACUGCCAAACGCAUGGCGAAGAAGAACUGCCUGGUCAAAAAUCUUGAAGCUGUAGAAACCCUUGGCUCCACCUCUACUAUUUGCUCAGACAAGACAGGAACUCUGACUCAGAACCGUAUGACUGUGGCACAUAUGUGGUUUGACAACCAGAUUCAUGAAGCAGAUACCACAGAGAACCAAAGUGGAACCUCCUUUGACAGAAGCUCUCCCACUUGGUCUGCCCUGGCUCGUGUAGCUGGCCUCUGCAACCGUGCAGUCUUCCUUGCAGAUCAAGCCAAUGUUCCUAUCCUUAAGAGAGACACCACUGGAGAUGCAUCAGAGUCUGCUCUAUUAAAGUGUAUUGAACUCUGCUGUGGCUCAGUGAAGGACAUGAGAGACAAGUAUGCAAAACUUGCUGAGAUCCCUUUCAAUUCCACAAACAAAUACCAGCUAUCAAUCCACAAGAACCCCAAUUCUUCAGAGACCAAGCAUUUGCUAGUGAUGAAGGGAGCUCCUGAGAGGAUCCUGGACCGAUGUUCAACCAUUAUGAUUCAAGGAAAAGAACAGCCCCUGGAUGAUGAAAUGAAGGAUGCUUUCCAUAGCGUAUAUUUGAAACUGGGUGGUCUUGGAGAAAGAGUGCUGGGAUUCUCCCAUUACAGCCUUCCUGAUGAUCAGUUUCCUGAAGGAUUUGCAUUUGACUCUGAGACAGUGAAUUUUCCUACUGAGAAUCUGUGCUUUGUUGGCCUCAUGUCUAUGAUUGAUCCUCCUCGUGCUGCUGUGCCUGACGCUGUAGCUAAGUGCAGGAGUGCAGGAAUCAAGGUUAUUAUGGUUACUGGUGAUCAUCCAAUCACAGCUAAAGCCAUUGCUAAGGGUGUAGGUAUCAUCUCUGAAAGCAGCGAGACUGUAGAAGACAUCGCUGCUCGUCUGAACAUCCCUGUGGAAGAAGUCAACCCCAGAGAUGCAAAGGCCUGUGUGGUCCAUGGUGGAGAUCUAAAGAAUAUGAGCCCAGAGGAGCUGGAUGAUGUCUUAAUACACCACAGUGAGAUUGUGUUUGCCAGAACUUCUCCUCAGCAAAAACUCAUUAUUGUGGAAGGUUGCCAGCGGCAGGGUGCCAUUGUGGCUGUGACUGGUGAUGGUGUUAAUGAUUCUCCUGCUCUGAAGAAGGCUGACAUUGGAGUAGCAAUGGGUAUUGCUGGAUCUGACGUCUCCAAACAGGCUGCUGAUAUGAUUCUCCUGGAUGAUAACUUUGCUUCUAUUGUUACUGGAGUUGAAGAAGGCCGACUGAUCUUUGACAACUUGAAGAAAUCCAUUGCAUACACACUGACAAGUAAAAUCCCUGAGAUGUCACCCUUCCUCUUCUUUGUUAUUGCGGGCAUUCCUCUCGCUCUGGGCACGGUCACUAUUUUAUGUAUUGAUCUAGGAACUGAUAUGGUGCCAGCUAUUUCUUUGGCCUAUGAAGGUCCUGAGAGUGAUAUCAUGAAGCGGCAGCCCAGAGAUGCCAAGACAGACAAAUUAGUCAAUGAAAGGCUCAUCAGUAUGGCUUAUGGACAAAUUGGGAUGAUGCAAGCAGUUGGAGGGUUCUUCACUUACUUUGUAAUCCUUGCUGAGAAUGGAUUCCUGCCCUUGUUUCUGAUUGGACUGCGUGUAAAUUGGGAUGAUCCAUAUAACAAUGAGCUGGAGGACAGCUAUGGCCAGCAGUGGACUUAUGAGCGCAGAAAAAUUGUGGAGUACACAUGUCACACUGCUUUUUUUGUCAGUAUUGUGAUUGUACAAUGGACUGACCUAAUCAUCUGUAAGACCAGGACAAACUCACUGAUACACCAGGGAAUGAAAAAUAAAGUCCUUAACUUUGGCCUUAUGGAGGAAACAGCUUUGGCUGCAUUUCUGUCAUACUGUCCAGGCAUGGAUGUUGCUGUUAGAAUGUAUCCACUGAAACCAUGGUGGUGGUUAUGUCCUGUACCUUAUUCACUCCUCAUCUUCAUCUACGACGAGGUCAGAAAAUACUACCUUCGGCGGAACCCAGGAGGUUGGCUAGAAAAAGAGACAUACUAUUAAACCACAGUGACCCCUCUGCUAUGAACACACACACAGUCAAUCAUUGUGCAAUGCUGAAAAUAAAGCAUUUUUAUUUAUACAAUAAAUAUCAGACUUCAACUCAGAAAAAACACAA